AUGGCAGACUCGAAGACCUCGUCUCUGCGGUUGCCCGAAACCUCCACGUCUUCGCCUCGACGGGUGUCUGGGCAGAGCGUGCGGUUUGCGGACGUCGAUCAAUAUGUUCCUCUCAUUCCGAGCCGACUGCGCGAAACCACCAUCCUCUCUCCAGAGGACAAGAAGGCACAAUCCAAGCCUGCAGAGGGCUCCAGUGAUGAAGGGGAGGACGAACUGCCCACAGUGGACGAGACAACCCCCAUCUUUGACGAGCCGGAGGCAUUGACGGACAACGACGAAGAAGAACACAAUAAGCAAGAUGACCACAAUGAAGAGAAUGCUGCUCAAGAAGAACAGAAUGGAGAAACACCCAUCGGAAACUAUCACCACACCCGUAUUUGCGGUCUGCGGAACUGUAACCACGGGACGUUUUCUCCUAGAGCUCCCUCUGUCGACAGUCAGGCGAGCUCCAGCCUCUCCUUCGGUGGUCGAUACCCUGACGAGAUUGCGGAAGACGGCAGUACACGGCACACGGUUCGAGGCAUUUUGGGUGAUGCAGUUACCGACACUCUGGCACCAGUUAAAAGCCUGGGCACGACCAGAUGGCUGGCGGAAAGACACGGGAUUACGAGCCAUCGUUUCAUGUACUUCUCCUACUACUUCCCUUUCUUGAAGUGGAUCCGGCAGUACCGUUGGUCCUGGUUCCGCGGGGACCUGGUAGCAGCUCUCACCAUGGCAUCCUUUUACAUCCCGAUGUCGCUCUCGUUCGCGGACAACCUCGCUCACAUUCCUCCCAUCAAUGGCCUCUAUUCCUUUGUCUUCAACCCGUUGAUCUACGCGUUCUUGGGUUCUUGCCCGCAGAUGGUCGUUGGGCCUGAAGCAGCCGGGUCUUUGCUGGUUGGGCAGGUGAUCAAGACAUGCAUUGACCGGGGAGAUUCCCUGGAUGAAGAUUCUAGACUCAACGCGGAGAUCGCCGGCUUGGUGACCGCCAUAGCAGGCGCCAUCCUCCUUGUCGCCGGCCUGGCCCGACUGGGGUUUCUCGACAGUGUCCUCAGCCGACCCUUUCUUCGAGGCUUUAUCAGCGCCAUCGGAACCGUCAUCCUCGUCGAUCAGUUGAUUCCCGAGUUGGGUCUCGGCGAAAUUGCAAAGCAAACGAACAUUUCACACGGAAGCAGUGCUCAAAAGCUGGCAUUCCUGGCUAGGAACAUUGGGGAUGCUCACGGCCUGACGGCGGCGGUGUCCUUUGGAGCAUUUGGCGUCAUCAUGGUUUUUAGGUAUCUGAAACAGCAACUGCAACCCCGGUAUCACUGGGUGGCAUACUUUCCCGAGCGCUUUCUGGUGGUCGCUCUCGCGGCCAUCCUGGCUUGGGCAUAUUCGUGGGACAAGCAAGGCCUCGAGGUCCUCGGUGCCAUCAAUGCUUCUGGCGGCACAGCCAUCCCGUUUCACUGGCCCUUCUCAUUCCGACAUCUGAAGCACUUUGACACAGCAUUGAGCACGUCGUUUUUGAUUGCACUGCUGGGAUUCUUCGAGUCCUCGGUCGCGGCAAAGAGCCUCGGAGAAGGGGGUCAAGUCAAGCACAUGAUGCUCAGCCCCAACCGGGAAUUGAUUGCUCUGGGCACGGCGAAUAUCACUGGCGGCCUGUUCAUGGCCCUGCCUGCAUUCGGUGGCUAUGGCCGAAGCAAGGUCAACAAGUCGACUGGGGGCGUUACGCCCAUGAGCAGCAUUUUUCUCAGUGUCAUCACCUUCCUGUGCAUCAUGUACCUCCUGCCCUUUUUCUACUACAUCCCCAAGGGCGUUCUGUCGGCCAUGGUUUCGGUUGUCGCCUGGUCGCUCAUCGAAGAAUGUCCCCAUGAUCUCCGGUUUUUCUUCAAGAUCAGAGGCUGGACGGAGUUAUCACUGAUGACCAUUAUCUUUGUGGCCACGGUAUUCUAUUCCCUGUCGGUCGGAAUGGCACUGGGCAUCGGCCUCUCUUUACUCGCGUUGAUCCGCCACGCCACGAAGCCGAGGAUCCAGAUUCUGGGCAAAGUGCCUGGGACGCCGGACCAAUUUGAGAACGCCGAACUAACACCGGAGAACGUCGAGUACAUCGAAGGGUGUCUGAUAGUCAAGAUCCCCGAACCACUCACCUUUGCCAACACGGGUGAGCUGAAGAACCGACUCCGGCGAUUAGAGCAGUACGGUACCAAUGCUGCCCAUCCUUCCCUGCCACGGGUGCGCCACGAGGACAACAACCGCAAUAUCAUCUUUGACGUGCAUGGCGUCACCUCCAUCGACGGUUCGGGGACACAAGUGUUCACUGAAAUCGUGGAAGAUUACGUCCGGCGUGGCAUUCGUGUUAUUUUCUGCCGCCUACCUCAGAGACGCAGCCAGGUGUACAAACGCUUUGAGAAAAGCGGCAUUGUCGAGCUGGUUGGGGGGACGAGCCACUUUGUGGGCAGCGUCGAGGAGGCGUUAAGGUUGAGUGAAGCGGAGGACCUGGGGGGGUACUACGAUGAGUGA